GGCAACCUCUUUGGGACUAACUCAUGAAGAACAAGGGUGCCAAGCAGAAGCUGAAACGAAAGGGAGCCGCCAGUGCCUUCGGCUGUGACCUGACCGAGUAUCUGGAAAGCUCCGGACAGGAUGUUCCAUAUGUAUUGAAGAGCUGUGCAGAAUUUAUAGAGACUCACGGCAUUGUGGAUGGAAUCUAUCGGCUUUCAGGAGUCACCUCAAAUAUACAAAGGCUAAGGCAAGAGUUUGGUUCAGAUCAAUGUCCAGAUCUGACAAGGGAAGUGUACCUCCAGGACAUCCACUGUGUGGGCUCACUCUGCAAGCUCUACUUUAGGGAGCUGCCCAACCCCCUCCUGACUUAUGAGCUCUAUGAGAAAUUCACGGAGGCCGUGUCGCAUUGCCCGGAAGAAGGCCAACUGGCCCGAAUCCAAAAUGUUAUCCAGGAGCUUCCCCCAUCCCAUUAUAGGACCUUGGAAUACCUGAUUCGACACCUGGCCCACAUUGCCUCCUUCAGCAACAAGACCAACAUGCAUGCCAGGAACCUUGCCCUGGUGUGGGCACCAAACCUGCUCAGGUCAAAAGAAAUCGAAGCCACUGGGUGCAAUGGAGAUGCGGCUUUCCUUGCAGUUCGGGUCCAGCAGGUGGUGAUUGAGUUCAUCCUGAAUCACGUGGAUCAAAUCUUUAACAACGGCACACCUGCGUCUUUGGAGCACAACGAAAACCCGCCCAUCACAAAGAGCCUGACCUUGCCAGCCCUCUCCUUGCCCAUGAAGCUGGUGAGCCUGGAGGAAGCUCAGGCCAGGAGCCUGGCUACUAACCAUCCUGCUCGGAAGGAAAGGAGGGAGAAUAGCUUGCCUGAAAUUGUCCCUCCCAUGGGCACCCUCUUCCACACUGUUCUUGAGUUACCAGACAACAAAAGAAAGCUCUCCAGUAAAUCAAAGAAGUGGAAAUCGAUAUUUAACCUGGGACGUUCUGGAUCAGACUCCAAAUCAAAGCUGAGUAGAAAUGGGAGUGUAUUUGUGAGAGGACAGAGGCUCUCAGUGGAAAAGGCUACUAUCCGGCCAGCUAAAAGCAUGGACUCGCUGUGCUCAGUGCCUGUGGAAGGGAAAGAAACCAAAGGAAAUUUUAAUCGAGCGGUCACCACUGGUGGAUUUUUCAUCCCAGCGGCAAAAUUGCAUUCAGCCAACACUGGUAGCUCAUGUGACCUCAGCAAGCAGGAGGGCGAAUGGGGCCAGGAGGGGAUGCCAGCAGGGGCGGAGGGGGGCUUCAACAUGAGCAGUGACCGAAGCCAACUUCAGGGCGCUCAGGCCCGGCCCCCACCUGAGCAGCUGAAGGUGUUCCGGCCUCUUGAGGAUCCAGAGAGUGAGCAAACAGCCCCGAAGAUGCUGGGUAUGUUCUACACAUCAAGCGACAGCCCCAGCAAAUCUGUCUUUACCAGCAGUCUCUUCCAGAUGGAGCCCUCUCCCCGUCACCAGCGCAAGGCCCUGAACAUCUCCGAGCCCUUUGCGGUGUCCGUUCCGCUGCGCGUGUCGGCGGUCAUCAGCACCAACAGCACCCCGUGCAGAACACCCCCGAAGGAGCUCCAGUCGCUUUCCAGCCUGGAAGAAUUUUCUUUCCAGGGGUCAGAGAGUGGAGGUUGGCCUGAAGAUGACAAGCCACUGGGAGCUGAGACGUCUACAGCUUCCGUACCUAAGAAGGGGGUUCUCGAGGAGGCCAAGCCAGGCCCAGAAGCAGCGAGGAUGGUGGAAUGCAACAAAGGCCUCCCUCUGGAGCCAGGCCCCCAACAGGAGGAAAAGAAGGCCUUGGAAACAUCCCUGGACUCUCAACAUUCAAGUGACUUAGAGGAGAGGUUGGAUCCAGAGAAGGCGGAGGAGGAGGGUAGAGAGGCUGGCCAGGUGGAGCCCAGCACUCUGCAGGAGAGCCCCGAGGCCAGAGCCAAAGCAGUGUUUCUCCAGGAUGUGGAUGAGGAUGACCUGGCCAAUGCCCUGAUCUGGCCUGAGAUUCAACAGGAGCUGAAGAUCAUCGAAUCUGAGGAGGAGCUCUCCUCAUUGCCAGCACCUGCCCUAAAGAUCAGCCCCACUCAGCCAAUCCUGGAAGCCAGUCUGGCGGCUUUUGCUUCCCAGGAGCCUCCUGGGAGCUUGUCUUGUGGCCGACCACCAGGCUCCACCCCUCUGGAGGAGUGGACUAGGGAUCCAGCCAAUCAGACGGCACAGGGGACUUCCCCUGCAGCCAAUAGAGAAAAGCUAGAGACGACGAGCGUCCUCCUCAGACCCGAGACAGAGAAGGGCCCGCGUCCGGACCCCAUCAGCUUAGCUCCUCUGGAAAUAGUUCCAUUUGAAACGGCUUCUUUACAAACAAAGGUGGGCCAGGAAGGCACAGGGAAUCUGUCGCCUCCUCUCCCGCCUGCUGCGCCUCCUCCAACUCCUCUGGAGGAGGCGCCUCGGGUCCAGCUAUCGAAGGGCAGUCCUGAGAGAGAAAACUCAUCUAGGAGUUUGAGGACAAAUCCAUACCCAGACCAGCUGAAGUCUAAUGGCAGCCCUGGGACCCCCAGCCUGUGUCAGGAGGAGGAGCCCUCUCUAGGACAAAGUGAAAAGCAAAAUUCAAAGAAUGCUGCUCGUGAGGGAAAAGGCUCUGGUUUUCAAAAUCCAACAAGCGAGGUUGAGAUCUCCCCACAAGGAGAGGGGGAUGUAGCCCAUUCAGUGCAGGAGCCCUCAGACUGUGAUGAAGACGAAACUGUGACAGACAUUGCCCAGCAUGGCCUGGAGAUGGUGGAGCCCUGGGAGGAGCCCCAGUGGGUAACGAGUCCCCUUCACUCUCCCACCCUGAAAGAUGUGCAGGAGGCCCAGCUGCAGGGCCCCCAGGGCCACCGACUGGAGAGGAGGCUUCCCCACAGGCCCAGCCUUCGUCAGAGCCAUUCUCUAGAUAGCAAAACAACCACGGUUAAGAGCCAGUGGACUCUUGAGGCUCCCUCCUCCAGCAGCUGUGCUAACCUUGAAGCAGAGAGGAAUUCCGACCUUCUGCAGCCCCUGGCCCCCAGGAGAGAGAUUACUGGAUGGGAUGAGAAAACCCUGAAGUCCUUUAGAGAGUUCUCUGGGGACAGAGGGACAGAGGCUGCUCCCAGCCAGAAGGGACCAGGUGGUUUGCAGCCCAAAUCAGCAGAAAUCAGCCCUGGCAGCCUAGCAGAGGGAAAGGAACUGGGGACACACCAAGGGGACAGCAGCCCUCAGAUUGAGCAAGGUAGUGUUCCUGGGCCAGACAACAGCAAAGAGAGUUCUCCUGGUGUGCAAGACAAUGCCUCAUGUGGAGAGCAUCCCCCAAAGUUACAGCUGAAGAGCACUGAGUCUGGGCAUCCAAAAGGGAAAAAUAGGCCUUCUUCCCUCAAUUUGGACUCUGCCGUUCCCAUCGCUGACCUCUUUCGGUUUGACAAUGUGGCCUCAUUUGGUUCACCUGGAAUGCAGCUCUCUGAGCCAGGAGACACAAAAGUUGCAUGGAUGACCUCAUCUCACUGUAAAGUAGACCCGUGGAGUAUUUGCUCCCAGGACCCUCAGGACCUGGACAUUGUGGCUCAUGCCCUGACGGGCCGCCGUAACUCAGCUCCUGUGAGUGUGUCAGCUGUGAGAACCUCCUUCAUGGUCAAAAUGUGCCAGGCUAGGGCAGUCCCAGUCAUCCCACCCAAGAUUCAGUACACACAGAUCCCACAGCCCCUGCCAUCUCAGAGCUCAGGGGACACUGGAGUUCAGCCUCUGGAGAGGAGCCAGGAAGAACCCAGCUCAACUGGUGGGACCUCAAAGAAAUCUGCCAGAGAUGAUUCUCUCUCCUUGGAAAGCCCAAAAGAAGAGAAGCCAAAGCAAGAUACGGGAGCCACUGAGGCCUCGCCAAUGGAUACCACUACAUCCCACAUGUGCGAGGGACCCAUCCUUCCUCCAGAACCAGUCUUGGCUAACCUGCUCUCCACCCAGGAUGCAACAGUGCAAUGCAGAAAGCGUACAUCAGAGACAGAGCCUUCCGGAGACAACCUUCUUUCUUCAAAAAUAGAGCGACCAUCAGGGGGUUCUAAACCUUUCCACAGGUCAAGGCCAGGAAGACCUCAGAGCCUUAUCUUAUUCAGUCCUCCUUUCCCCAUUAUGGACCACCCACCCCCUUCCUCCACAGUGACAGAUUCCAAGGUUCUCCUGUCCCCUAUCAGAAGUCCCACCCAGACAGUUUCCCCUGGCCUUCUUUGUGGGGAUUUGGCAGAAAACACGUGGGUCACACCAGAAGGGGUUACGCUUAGGAAUAAAAUGACCAUCCCUAAGAAUGGCCAAAGACUAGAGACCUCAACCAGCUGUUUUUACCAGCCCCAGAGGAGGUCAGUGAUUCUGGAUGGAAGAAGUGGGAGGCAAAUAGAAUGACAUCAGUUCACCUACUGGUGUCCGAAAAAAAAGUCAUGACUCAUCAUCUGGAAGUUAUUACAGGGCCAACUUUCCAUUAUUCCAGGCAUAGGUUAUCCAAGUUUGGACUUAUUUUGGCCUCUUUUCUUUCUUCAGCUUUUUGACCAUUUAUUAAUUAGUCCAUUUUCCAGAAGAGAGGUCAAGGGAAGGACCAAGAAAUGAAAUUUAGAUCAGUCCUUAACAGCAGGUGGGAAAAGGUCAGGUAAAGGAAGAAGCUGAAAUGCUUUCUUCCAAUGAGAUUUCGGGUUGUUUCUGAGUUGUGUUUCUCCCACACUGUCAUUACCUAUUACUGUUGAGAGUUGGCUAAAAUAACAUUUUUUGAAAGAAAGAGAAAUUCUUUGCCUGUGUUGGAAAAUGUUGCUAUUGAGGUUGGAAGGCCUCCUCUUUCCUUCACGCUUUUUAAUGCUCCUUAAAGCAUGCGUUCUUUUAGACCAGUUUUCUGAUAAGCUUUGUACACAUGUACACUCCAAAACAGAAGUAGAUUUGGAUGCAAACUAAUGUACACUUACAGAUCCAACAGGGUAAAGGUGCCCAUGCUCUUUCCCUGGAACCUCUGCAGACUUGUGGGAGAUGGUUGCAUGUAUCAGCGUAGAAAAUCAGAAUCUAUACACAAGAGCAAAUUCUAUGGCAAAAUCUAAGAGGACUACCUGGCUGUGGCUUUUGUUAUUUUGGGGGGACUCUGCCAUUCUCCUGACCUCUGAUGUAUAAAUCUAGUGGUUGGGCAGACUGGGGGCUGAGCUGAAGGUUACGUCAAUGAGAUGUGCUGAAUUUUCACUUAGGUAUGCAACAGUGAAGUGAUCUGUGUUCUUUCCAUCAGAGUCCACAGAAAGGAUAUCAUCGUAGAGAACAACCUCACGCAUAGGUAGAACUAUGCUCCAAAGUCAGUGUGUUUAAAUUGAUGGGGCAUUAGUAGAAAACACUUCUAGCUCAGGUUCCCUGUCCUUCCACACUAGGCUGGGAGUACAGGAGAGGAUAAGGAGGGAGCCCCAACAGGGUGGCCAUCUCUGUCACUUGGGGAGAAAUGCCCUUUGGAACAUGUAUUUCAUUUUAGCCAGUGGGUACCUCCCUUUCUCCCUCUCCUUCCAUUACUCAGAGCAGAGUUGAGGCACCUUUCCUCCAUCCCAUAACCUCCCCCCCCAUCCAUUACCCACCCUAGGCCAUUCUCCUGUCUACAUGCAAGCAGAAGCAAUAAACCAAUGUGAUUUUAUUUCAAUUA